AUGUACGACCUGUGCACGCGGCCUGAGCAGCCAGAACCCGCGCCGGCACACGCAGACAUGGAGAAGCGCGAGCAGGCGGAGGCUGGCGGGCGACAGCAGCAGGGGCCGGGGGAGCCGGACAACAAGCACCACGGGCCCCCGGUCAAAGAGGUCCCCACCGCUGCUAAUUUCAGCACCACCUCGCUGUUAGGGAAGAGGCACCACUCGCUCUACGCAAACCUGGGUGGGUUUGAAGUGGAGGGGGUUCGAAAGAAUGGCACAGAUUAUGGGUUUCUGGUGCGUCAGAACUCAGAACUCCUACGAGCCCUCGACGAGCUGGAGAAGACGUGCACCACACUGAGGGAGGAGAACGGCCUGCUGCGGAAGAGCAGUGCUCCUGAGACCGAGGAGAAGGUCAGACGGUUGAGGAGAAAGAACACCGAGCUGGCUGUCCUCGCUAAGAGGCUGGAAGAGAGGGCUCGGAAACUACAGGAGGCCAACCUCAGAGUGGCGAAUUCCCCGUCACUGCUGAGGCCGGGGUCUGUGGAACAGUACAAGAGAGCCUUUGCCCGUCAGCGAGCUCGUGAUCUGGCCCAGCACGCCGAUGCGCUGCUGUCCAAAGACAAGGAGAUCGCUGCCCUGCAGCAGGAGUGCAGGGAGCUGGAGGCGCGCCUGGGCACCACAAAGGGCUCCCCUCUCCAGAGCUGCAGAGUGGAAUUUGAAAACCUUCUCCGGGAGUCUCAGAAGGAGGUGCUGCGGCUCCAGAGGCAGCUGUCCGUCACCUCGUCCAGAGCGCAGCCCAACCACAGCCCCGACCGCAGCACUACGGAGAAGUGUGGGGAGAAUGCCAAAGAGAAGGGGCAGGAGAAGGUUGCAGGAGAAACCCCGUGUGUGGCAUUAGAUGAAGCUCCGUCCAGGUGUGAGAAGACUCCCGCAGAGGAGGAGGAGUCGUGGCUGCGAGUGACGCCCCCGCCGGGCCUUAGCCCGACCACCUCCCAUCAGGAGGAGCACACAGAGGAGCAGCACCUACAGUCUCUGGAAUGUGAGCUAAGUAAGAAGAGAAAAGAAUGUGAAAAUCUUGAGCAUGAAGUAAAGAAGCGACAGAAGAGAUGUCUGGAUUUGGAGAGCCAGCUUAAGGAUGAGCGAGGGAAAAAUGAGCAACUAAAGGAGGAGGCAGAUCUCCUCAGGAGGAAGGCACAGCUGCUCGACCAGACUCGGGCUGAGAAUGAGGAGCUGAGGGAAGAUCUCUCUGAAGUGACCGCUCAACACAAUUCAGUUCUCGAGGAGAACCAGAGACUCCGUGCCAAACUGGAGAACCUAGAGCAGGUCCUAAAGCAUAUGCGAGAGGUCGCCGAGCGAAGGCAGCAGCUGGAAUUGGAGCAUGAGCAGGCACUGGCUAUCCUUAAGUUCAAACAGGAUGAGAUCAAGCGGUUACAGCGGGCUCAGUUAUUCGCCAAGAGGGAGCAUGAAGGAGUGGUUCAGAUGUUGGAGAGCACACUGGACUGCAUGCAGUCCAAAGUACGAGAGCUGGAGGAGAAAUGUCGCAGCCAGAGUGAACAGUUCGGCUUGCUGUCUCAAGAGUUGGAAAAGUUUCGACUGCAGGCCUCGAAAGUGGACCUGGCCAGCUCCGGCCUCCUCAACAAUCCCAACCUCUCCGUUCUGACCAAUGGCGUGGGCCUGGCGACGGACCGAGAUGUGGCCGCUGCUCUGCGCCUGGGGGCCACGCCCCACGCCGCCGGACUCUCCCGGGUGGAGCGCUCGCCUGUCACCAAACAUCGAGAGCUGCCCGCCAUCAGCGUCAGCAAGUCGUGCUCCUCUUCCGUCAAGUCGGAGACCACUCACCUCACCCCCAAGUCUGACACGCACCUCAGUCCGCACAAAUCCAGCCCCACGCACGAGGUGGACACUGCCAGUGAGGUGGACGAGUUGGACAUCGACAUGGCCCCGGCCCCUUACACAGCCAGCAGGGGAACAGCCAAGCUUCAGGUUUUCAUUGCCAGAUACAGCUAUAAUCCUUAUGACGGCCCCAAUGACAACCCUGAGGUGGAGCUGCCGCUCACAGCUGGAGAAUACAUCUAUGUAUACGGGGACAUGGAUGACGAUGGCUUCUAUGAGGGUGAGCUGAUGGACGGGCGGAGAGGGCUGGUCCCCUCCAACUUUGUGGAACGCGUGUCCGACGACGACGUGAUGAGCGCUCAUCAUCCAGAGACGGCCGACGCGUCCCAUAAUUCCCUGCUAGACAGCAGCCUGCACAGUGCCAGCCACCAGCAUCACCUCCACAUGGGCGCCAGCGCCCCGGAACGGACAGAGGCGCCCGCCGCCUCCGGCCCCGCCUCGGCCCUCUCAGAUUCAGCCUCGGCCUUGUCUGUCCCGGCCCCCCUCACCAACGGCCUGGACUUGGAUUUGGAGGAGGUGGGAGUGGACAUCGUGCCUUACCCACGCAAACUCACCCUCAUCAAGCAGCUUGCCAAGAGUAUCAUCAUUGGCUGGGACCCCCCGUUGGUGCCGGCUGGGUGGGGCAACGUGUGGAGCUAUAAUGUGUACGUGGACCAGGAGCUGCGGCUUAACGUUCCCUUCGGCGCCCAGACCAAAGCGGUGCUGGAGCGGCUGGACAUCAACCUCAAAGCCUACCGCGUGUCAGUGCAGAGCCGGACAGAGAAGGGCCUCUCGGACCAGCUCCGCUGCAGCAUGCUGGUGGGCCGGGACGUGUGCGUGGCGCCCACGCAGCUGCACGUGGAGAGCGUCAGCGCCACCUCUGCCAACCUGACCUGGCUGCCCAGCAACAGUAACUAUGUGCACAUUGUGUCCUUGAACGAUGAGGAGUGUGAGCUGGUGAAGGCUGGCUGCUACUCGCUGUGCCUCAACAACCUCUCGCCCAGCCUGCCGUACACGGUCAAAGUGGAGGCGCGGCCCCACCGCACGCCAUGGGAGCUGCCCGUGGAGCGGCGGGAACACAGAAGCGCCACCAUCACCUUCAGCACACUGAUGGCAGGCCCCCCUGAUGCUCCUCUGGAUGUGCAGCUGGAGCACGGCCCCUCUCCUGGGAUUGCUCUCAUCAGCUGGCUGCCUGUCACCAUCGAUGCAUCUGGGACCUCAAACGGAGUCCGCGUCACUGGAUACACCAUUUAUGUGCUGGAGGUCUCUUCCCCCACGGCGGGCAGCGCCCUGCUGGGCCCCUCUCAGAUCCAGUCCCUCCAGGCAGCUCACGAGCUCACUGUCCGCACCAUGUCCGCUCACGGCGAGUCCUGUGACUCGCUGCCAGUCAAUGUGCCCUCCAAGCUGACUGCCAUCCUGGCAGGCCCAGCCGCCGCCCCAGUUGUGCCACAGCUGCCCUGCGCCCCGGCAGUUGCCAGUAGUUUGCCCCCACCUCCGUCAUAUGGAAACUCAGCUGCCAAAGUCUCUGUGCUGCCCAACACUCUGCCAUCAGACACAAGUGUCUCUGGCCUCACAUUUGCUGCCAACCCCCCUCACUCAGAAGCUUUUCUCUCAUCUGCCUCGUACGUGAAGGCCUGGGCCAACCCCUCAUCUGCUGCUUCCUUGGCUGUGUGUGAGGACACAUUACCAGCAGCCUCAUCUUUUGCUCCAGUGGUUAACGUGACCUCCCCCAUCAACACAGCAGCUCAGCCAUCUCCAGUAGCAGCGCCGGCGCCAGUGUUGGAGCCACACAGAGACACUGACAGCCCUGGAACAAUACGCCCUUUCCCAUCCAUCACAGAGUUCAUCGAGGACCCCCGUGCCAAGCUUGGGACCCCCGAGCGCGUCCCUAGCCCACCCAAAGCUCCGAUCGCCGACCUCCUAAACCCUCAGAGCACCAACGUGCUCCGACCCCCCAGCACUUCCCCGCUGGGGUCAGAGGUGGAUGAGGAGGAGGAGAAUACACGCCUGGUGUCCAUCGAGGAGUUCCUGAGACAGGACCAAGAACCGGCUUACUGUCGGAGGCAGCAGAGCUAUGGCAGGGGGCUUGUGGAGCCUCCCAGCGACUACAAUGCAGACAACAGUCGCUCAGACCUGUCCGACAUCCUGGAGGAGGAGGAGGAAGACCUUUACUCAGACAAUUUCGGAGAAGUGCAGGGCAGGGGAUACACAGUUGGAAACAGGUCAUGCAAGCUGGAGACACCAGACAGUGAUGAGGAUGUUCUUGAGAGGAUCCUAAAGCUGCCCCCUCAGGCCCACCACAAUAAGCAGCUGUUCAGCAUUGCUGAGGUGACGGAAGAGGAAGACAGCAGCCAAGAGGAGCAUUUAGCCCACCGGAGCAGGCAUCGGCCCGGGCCCCUCCACCUUCACUCCAGAGACUCUGAGCGCCUCCACCACCCCCUCCAGCAUCAGGGCAACCCACAUCCGCACAACCCCCCUCACCAUCACCACCUCAACAGGGAUCCCGGAGCACUAACCAAAGAGGCCCAGGUCAAGGCCAAGACACAGCACAGGGUGCACUACGCCGACACGGUGGACGCCACCAGUUAUCCUGAAGAUGAAAACUCAAGUUUGUACGAGGGCCCCACCAGCAGGCGAUGUCCUUCCAAGCUGACUCCCAACAGCAAAGUGCUGCUCAGAGGGCUGGGGGACCGCCUUAGGAGGGAGGCCAUGCUCAGGAGUCAGAUGGCUGCCGCCACGCAGACCAACCCGGACCAAGGCCUACCCAGAACAGUGCCAAGACCUCACCCCGUUAGCAAAACGGUGCGCACUCUGAGGUCCCCCGUCGGGCGUGGGAUGGAGAUCGACGUGGAAUACGGAACGGACAAUGAAGAGCCGGUGGACUUCGGCCCUGGGGAGGUGGUGCUGGAGCAGAUGAGCUCUGAGUGGUGGGUAGAAGGAGCUCAGGUGGAGCACUGCAGACCUCCUCUCCGCCGAGGGCCAAAACCUGAACCAAUGGAGCCCAGCCAAAUCCCUCCAGCUGUGGCGGGGACGUCAUGGGGGGGCCAGGCUUCGCUGUCUUGUAAACCUGGGUGCUCACAGUCCAGGCAACUCAAAGGAGAAUCAGCAAAGACGAAGGGCGACGGUGACAUACGCAUCUUUGUGGCCCUCUUCCCAUACGAACCUGCCAGCAUGUCUCCCAAUCCUGAUGCUGCAGAGGAGGAGCUGCCCUUCAGUGAGGGCCAGAUCAUUAAGGUUUACGGAGAUAAAGACCCAGAUGGGUUUUACCGAGGGGAGUCGGGUGGUCGUCUGGGCUAUGUGCCGUGCAACAUGGUGUCUGAGAUCCAGGUGGAGGACGAGGAGACCCGGCAGCAGCUUCUGCAGCAGGGCUUCUUGUCCACAGCGGCCUCCAUGGACAAGAUCGGCACUCGCACUCAUGCACAGCUUCCACGCCGCCCUGUUCCACCGCCGAAACCGAGACGAUCCAAGAAAGUGGAGUCUGCGGCACUCUUGGAGGAGAGCGUAGGCUCCUCCAGUCCAGAUCCAAGCCAGCCUGCCCCCCCUGCCCCCGCCGCCACCGGGGGCAAGCCCACCUCAGGGGCGCGCAGGAUGGUCGCCAUCUUCGAUUACGAUCCACGAGAGAGCUCCCCCAACACCGACAUAGAGGCUGAGCUGACCUUCAGCGCCGGGGACAUCAUCCACGGAGACUUGAAUGGACACAGAGGCUUGGUGCCCUCCAACUUCCUGCAGGCCUUCCCAGAUGAUGCUCAGGCAGAACCAGCCUGUCCUCAGCCCGCUCCAGAACCCAAGAAGGAAUCCCAGGACACGUGGACGUCAUCCACAGAGCCACAAGUUUCUGGGCCCUCGGCAGUAAAAGAGGCUCCCCCCCCUCCCAGCGAGCCCCCUCAGCCCAACAGGACGGAGCAAACAAGUUUGCAACCACAACCUGGACCCGCUUCGAGCUGGCCUUCAGUCCCUGACCCUCCCCGAGGUCCAGCUGCCGUGGAGGCCUGCAGCCCGCCCCCUGCCCCGCUUCCUGUGGAUAGCCCAGCACCAGCAGACUGCUUAGUGCAAGCAAAGAAGAAGAAAGGCUUUUUCGCCAAAGGCAAGAAGCUGUUUAAAAAACUGGGCUCCAGCAAGAGGGAAUGA